AAGAGGCGGGGACGUAGGGAGACUUUCAAACGUCAAUACGGAGUUGGAUGGGCCACAUUGGGGAGGGGUUUGUGGGUGAUCCCUGGGUACCCCGCCCGCUGAGGAGAUGGAUGAGGACGGGCUUCCUCUCAUGGGGUCAGGCAUAGACCUGACCAAGGUGCCAGCUAUUCAACAGAAAAGAACGGUGGCAUUUCUAAACCAGUUUGUGGUGCACACUAUACAGUUCCUCAACCGCUUUUCUACAGUUUGUGAGGAGAAACUGGCAGACCUUUCCCUUCGUAUCCAACAAAUUGAAACAACACUCAAUAUUUUAGAUGCAAAGUUGUCAUCUAUCCCAGGCCUAGAUGAUGUCACAUGUGAAGUAUGUCCCAUAAGUGUCACCAGUAUCACAAAUGAAUCACAUGCUGAAACCACUUCAGAGCAAUCACAGCAGAACAGUUUACAAGACUCUGGACCACAGGAAAGUGAAGUAACAGCAGAAAAUAUCUUAACUGUAGCCAAGGAUCCAAGAUAUGCCAGAUAUCUCAAAAUGGUUCAAGUGGGUGUUCCAUUGAUGGCAAUAAGAAACAAAAUGAUAUCAGAAGGACUAGACCCGAAUCUUCUUGAGAGGCCAGAUGCUCCAGUGCCUAAUGGAGAAGGUGAAAAAAAUACAGAAGAAAGUUCAGAUAGUGAAUCUUCUUUUAGUGACUAAGUUUAAUUUUGAUAACAAUUAUAUAUACACAUAAAGGCAUAAAUUUACAUUCUGUUGGAAACAGCCUGAACUUGAACUCUUCUUCACAGAAACAACAAAUGGUCAAAUAGUCACCAUCAAGCUUUCUCUGUGUUAAAGUAAUAAUAAUAAUAAACCACUUAUAACCUCA